AAAAUUAUUCCUUGAAAUUUGGUAUUUAAUUCGUGUAAUGAAGUCACCAGAUUUUCCAAGUUCGGUUACAUAUACUAACUUGGGGAGUUUUGUUUAGUCUGAUUAAAUAGACACAAGUGCCUCUGCUAAUUUAUUUAGUUUCCACAGAUAUUCUUCUUCUUCAUUUUCUCCGGUGACCCUUUUUCUUGUUCCCUCUGUAGUAUUAUUAUAGAGGAGGAGGGAGGGCUUGUUCCUUGAUCACCAAGAAAUCGCUUUGUCCCCUAUCUUUUCUUCUGCAACUCUUUUUCAGUUUUCCACAACACAAUUUCUAUGCCUCCGACCUACUUUCCUCUCCGUUGGGAGAGCACCGGCGAUCAGUGGUGGUACGCUACUCCCAUUGAUUAUGCUGCUGCCAACAGCCAGUACGAUUUAGUCCGUGAACUUCUCCGAAUCGACUCCAAUAACCUCAUGAAACUCACUUCCCUCCGCAGAAUUCGCCGCCUCGAGACUGUCUGGGACGAUGAAUCCCAGUUCCACGACGUCGCCGCCUGCAGAUCACGCGUCGCCAGAAAACUUCUCGCCGCCUGCGACGAAGGCGGCUCGCCGGGAUCCAGGAGGAACACCCUUAUCCGGUCUGGCUACGGUGGCUGGCUGAUGUACACGGCAGCCUCCGCCGGCGAUCUAGCGUUUGUUCACGAUCUCCUGGAGAGAUAUCCUCUGCUCGUGUUCGGCGAAGGAGAGUACGGCGUCACUGAUAUACUCUACGCAGCUGCGAGGAGCAGAAACGACGACGUUUUCCGUGUCAUUUAUGAUUUUGCGGUUAGUCCGAGGUUCGGAACCGGUGGCAUCGAGCAGCAAACCGGAGAGAUUCCGGCGGCUUACAAAUGGGAGAUGAAGAACAGAGCGGUGCACUCUGCUUCUAGAGGAGGCAAUAUGAUCCUUCUCAAAGAACUUCUCUCUGAUUGCUCUGUUGAACAUGUCUUGGCCUUCCGAGACAAACAGGGCUCCACAAUCCUCCACGCAGCCGCCGGAAAAGGAAAAACUCAGGUGGUUAGAGAGCUUGUGGCUUCAUACGGUUUAGUCGACGCUGUGGACAACCAAGGGAACACGGCUUUGCACGUGGCAGCUUACCGUGGCCACGCUGAUCUUGUGGACGUUCUGAUCUCGGCUUCUCCAUCUUUGAUCUCCGCCAGAAACAACGCCGGAGACACUUUCCUUCACGCUGGAAUCUCCGGUUUCCAGACUCCGGCGUUCGAGAGGCUUGACAAGCACACUGAGCUCAUGAAUCGGCUGAUCACUUCCGCUGCCUCGAGGUCCCAAGGCGAUUUUGUGAAUUAUAGGAACAACGAGGGACGCACGGCUCUUCACUUGGCCAUCUCAGGGAAUGUUCCUCUGGAGUUCGUUGAGAUGCUUAUGUCUGUGAAAUCGAUUGAUAUUAACAUACGCGACAACGCUGGUAUGACUCCGCUUGAUCUGAUCAGGCAGAAGCCACUGUCUCCAACGUCUGAUCUCCUAUUCCGACGGCUGGUAUCAGCCGGAGGGAUGUUCAGUUGUCGUGAUCAAAGCAUCACAAGUGUGGUCGCGUCUCACUUGAAGGACAGAGGAAACUUUUACAGCCCAGGAGCUCGUUUCAAGACAUCGGACGCUGAGAUGUUCCUAAGCACCAGACUUGGAGUUGCGCCUGACAAGACUGCUGUUUUGAUCCCUAGACACGUGAGAUCCAGCUCCUGUUCCAUUGAGAUUGGUCAUCUAAACGUGAUGGAUGAGAAUCAUCAUCUCAGGAAAUGUAGAAACGCUUCUGUUAACUCUACAACAGAGAGAUUGAAGAGCGUUUUCCACUGGCCGCGAGUCAAGAAACAACCUGGCCAUUCCAAGAACAAUUCUGAGAUUAGCAUCAUUUCGACAACACUUGAGACGCAAGAAACUCCUGUCCCUCUCCGUCAGAGAUUCUCAAAAAGCAGCACUUCGUCCCUUGAUCUGCCUAAUAACAAUAAAAGAACGUUAGCGGUAAGAAGCAACCAGUCUAGUCCAAGAGCCAAGAAGAAACGGUUUGGGUCGGUGCGGUCACGUUCGAGCUCAUUCUCGAAAAUAUCCAUCCACUCUUCUUCCACUUCUUCGACUUCGAGCAUGGUUGAUCUUAAACAGAAGGGAGUGUUGAUGGAUACGAGCAUAGCCGGACCGUCUGGCUUGAACCAGCCAGCGGUUACAGAGCCAGUGAAAAGUAAGUUAACAGAGAAGCAGGGUUCGGUAAGGAGGAGAUUGAAGAGCCAUUACUUCUGCUUUGGUGCUUCAGCUUUGUCAGUGAAGACGCCGGCUACGGUCUUGGUAUAAACUCGGUUAUUGGGUGUACAACAAAAACCGGAUUGAGAAGUGAGAGAACCGAAAGAAAUAGUAUAAGGUUCGGUUCGGUUUCAUCUUCUAAUGUACUAAGUAGUUAAAAUUGGACAGUGUCCUAAAUAAUAUGAUUAAGGUCUCUUUUGAAAUAAUGGAAUCUGAAUCUUAAUAAAGGAUAAUCCGGAUUGCUGAAGAGCUCUAAGAAUGUCUUUGUUGUUAAUCAUCUCUGAAUCAGAUUCCUUCGGAUUCAUUUUAAUAUUAUUGGACUUGUUGC